AUGGUGAAUGGCUCAUCUGCACACCAAGUCGACAAUAACAUUCAACAACAACAACAACAACAACUAACUUGGCAUCUCUGUCCUGCACCCAAAAGUAAUUCUCAGAGACAAGAAAUUGGUGAAUUGUUGUCCAAACUUGGUCCAUCCUUCAACAGUGAUAAUGACUGUUUGCCAGCAACGGUACCCUCGACUGUCUUGUCCAUAUUGUUGGACAAUGGCGUGUACAAUACGAAUAAUAAGAAUACGAAUAAUGAUCAUGAUGAUGCCCGCACCAAAAACAACAACAAUAAGGAUGCUAUUUAUUACGAAACUGCCUUGCAAUCCAUUCCGGAUAUUUACGACACGGGAGCUGACAGGUGGACCUAUUAUUACGUUGCCGAAUUUCAAGUGUUGUUAGACGACAAUAACAACAACAACAAGGUCAACAACAGCAAGUACAACUUGUUGGAAUUAAGAUCCAUCAAUUACAAGGCCGAAUUGUGGUUGGAUGGACACAAGAUGCCGGUUCCGUAUUCUCCACAAUUUCCACAGGUUCCCGAUACAUCAAACAAGAAGUCCGUUAGUGUUCAAGGCAUGUUUCAGCGAUUUCAGUUUCCAUUGGGCAAAUUAGUAGAAUCAGCGCGACGAACGGAGGAUGAUUCUAAUACUACCAAUACUACUGCUGCUACUGCUGCUGCUGUCAUUCAUCGCUUGGUCAUAUUGGUACAUCCGCCACCGCAUCCUGGAACACCUGGUGGUGGUGGACAAGGAGGUGCGACUCAUGAAUUGGCCCAAGAUGGACCCAUCUCGCAAUUCACGGCCGGUUGGGAUUGGAUUCAAGCCACACCCGAUCGGAAUACAGGUCUUUGGGAUGCUGUCACCAUACAGCAAACGGGACGACUCCAUUUAAAAGAUCCCGUUUGCAAGGUCCACAAUCUAAAAGUUUUAGAACGACAGGCCGAUUUGGAAUUUGAAGUGUCCAUGGAUUGUUGGGAGGUACUCGAUGAUGAUGAUGAGGAUGAUUCCAAAUCAUCAUCCAUUACGAUCCUUCAACUCGAAUAUCAUGUGGUGAGCAGCAGAAGCAGCAGUACUUUGGACAAGAAGAAUCAUGGACAAGCAAUCAAAAGAUAUUUGACAUUGGAUCCCAAUGCAGCCUGCCAAAAAGGCUUACCAGCAGCCGCCACAUAUAAGUUUCCAGUAGAACGAUUGGAGAAUGCACAGCUUUGGUAUCCUCAUACACAUGGUAAUCCAACAUUGUAUCAAGCCACGAUUCGAGUGGGGACCUUUCCAGCAGACGAUAUGGAAUUCUCCAAGAAGGAUAAUGAUGAUGAUAUCGAUUCUUAUGAUGAUUACAACUGGGACGAUCAAAUCACCUUUUCGUUUGGAAUUCGCAAGGUUGAUUUUUCAGUCAAUAAUAGUACAAAGCUAAAUGGAUUGCAAUCUACUAUCAACAACAAACGAGUCUUUUUGCAAGGGGGCAAUUGGAUUGCGACCGACCAGCUCAUGCGAUUUGUUGGAGAUAAGGGACGCUACGAGGCGGAAAUUGCCUUGCACAAGGCCAUGGGAUUCAACAUGAUUCGCGUGUGGGGUGGUGGCAUUACGGAACGGCCCGAAUUCUUUGAGGUCUGUGAUCGACUGGGAAUACUGGUAUUGUCCGAUUUGUGGAUGUCGGGUGACAACAAUGGACGAUGGGCAGGAUCUUAUUCGUGGCCAUUGGAUCACUCUCUCUAUCUAAGUGCCAUUCAAGAUACCUUUCUCAUGCUUCGGAAUCAUCCAUCUCUGGUCAUGUACAGCGUCGGGAACGAAUUGUAUCCCAUUGACAAGAACCCACCUCCUGAUAUUCUGACUGGAAUCCAACGAGCACUCCAACAAAUCGAUCCGCAUACCUUUUUGAUUGCUUCCACAAUGACCAAUUGGACCGACUUUGACCCAAAGCAAUCCUUGUGUCCCAAAGAUGGUCCGUAUGGAGUAAUGGAAGAAGCCUUCUACUACGAACGAAACCCAGGCCUUUAUGAUUGGAAGGACCAUGAACAUUAUCGGUUGUUGGAAGUUCCCAUUGCUUUUCAACCCGAAAUUGGAAGCGCUUCCUUUCCGACCCUGGCAUCCCUUUCUCGGUUCAUGAGUCCCGAUAGUAGGAACGCCAUUCCGGGAUAUCAAGAUUCGAAUGUACAUCCAACAUGGCAAUAUCACAACUUUUUGGGAUUCACCAGUCACCGAAAUCCAUAUGCCAAAGAUCCAGCCGAUGAUUUGAAAGUGGAUUUGAUUUACCAGUAUGGCGCCCCAGCCAACAUUUCGGAAUACACCAUUAGAGCCCAGUUGGUUCAAUUCACUCAGUUCCGGACAUUGUUUGAGUCCUUUCGACUCAAAAUGUUUGAUUGGUAUACGGCAGUCCUCUUUUGGAAAUCCCAGUCUCCGUGGCCAUCGCUCCGAGGAGGAUUGUACGAUUGGUUCUUGGGCAUGACGGGUGGUUACUAUGGCGUCCGUGCCGCAUUGUCAGGGACCCAGAGUGCUUCUGUUGGGGAUACCAAUAUUCAGAGCUGGGUACAUGCCCAAAUGAACCUCAUGGAUCACUCGAUUGCGGUAAUAUCUUCACCCAAUACACCAAACAAGAAUCACGGUAUGGUUUGUGUCCAAGUACAAGCCUACAUUCUUGCCGGUUGCCAGUCGGGUCGGCUCUUGUACUCGAAUCGAAUGUGUGCGCCCGUGGUCAAAUCAAACGAGGGUGCUGUGAUCCAAAUCCCCAACAGCACUCUUCCCUUUGUGGGCGACAACAACGACGACGACGGUGGUGGUGGCGGUGGUGGUGGUGGCGUCACCUUGUACCGCAUCACCACCACGGAUGGCACUACUCCUGCUGCUGCUGCUGGUACUAGUAAUAGCAUUUCCGAAUAUUGGCUGAGCAAUUGGACGUCACCGUCUACCACCGCCAAUGAGAAGGUAGUUCCCGCCGUCCAAGACCUUUCGUCACUUGGGGAAUGGCGUGAGGAUACUUCACAUCAUGUUACAUUGGAUGUAUCGGCCAUGUAUUGUGGAUAUUGUGGUGGUCGUGACGGCGACGAUAAUAAUGAUCAAAGACUGCCAUCGCAAUCCUCCUCCAUCUGCCAAGCCGCUGGUUGCUCUCAUUCCGAGAUUGCUGUGAGCCUGACUAAUCCUUUAUCAAUGCCACUGACAAAAAUGGAAGAAUCGUUGACGUAUUGUGGGAAGGAGGCGAUUGCUUUUGCCGUCUGGACUGAAUUGCACAGUACUAGUACUCCUGAGACAGAAUCUUCAAGUAGCACCACGAAUGAUACGAGAAUAUUACCUACCCUCUACAGCAAUGGAUUAUUCUCCAUUCUUCGGAAUGAAACGAGAUAUGUCUGCAUGGAUCCAAGCCUUGGGCAAAAUGGCAAUUCGGAGAUAUCCAAGUUGCAAGUUCAUGUCUCAGGCUGGAAUGUCCACGACGUGAUUGUUCCCGUCCAAGAAACGCUAGCUAAGAAUAAUAUAAGAAUAUGUUGA